AUGUCUUGGUCAAAUUGGGUACAAGCACUGUCGAAUAGCGGAAGCUGGGAGAAGUUCAGGUCAAAGCGAAGGAACACCAACAUACUUAUGAUAUCGGGUUGUAUAUUUCUUUUCUUGAUUUCGACAUAUUUGUAUACACCAAAUGCAUUUCACUUUGAUCUCAUUAUCGUAAAUGAGAUCAGAUUAGGUAAACCUACGCAGCUGGUAGGUGGGGUACCGGGUUUUUACGUCUUUCAGGAUUUAUGGUACAGGAAUGGUACUUUUUAUGCUUUCCAUGAGAACGUCACGGACGUACCUCUGCCUGAGAAAGAUAAGAUCAUGUCAGGUCCUCAUACCAUUAUGACUCGACCUCUGUCGACUCAAGAGGAAUUGAUGGAUUCGCAAAUUGGGCAGAUCCGAUACUUCAACGGACAAACCAUAUUCCUGAACGACGGUGCAGAUCAAUACAAUUGGUCAUACCUCAAUUGGUUCUACCAUCUAGCGGCAGAAGCUCUAUUGGGAGGUAUCGUUUCUCUCGGAUUAUCAAAUGACUUCUUGGAGGAAGGUGUACCACGAUUGAUGAUUCCGUGGGAAGGAAAUUGGAAAGAUGGUUAUGGGAUAAAUGAUGGUAUGGUCAAAGGUAUCUUCGGGAAGGAUCUGGUGGAGAGAAAUCAGUGGGAAAUGUGGAGUAUCUCAGGCGAGUGGAUAGGAUUUGAGAAAAUGGUCAUCGUAGAUCGAUAUGCCUCUCAUCGACAUAAUCCAAUCGCCAACGAAUGGAACAAAAUGUCCCUUCCUAUCUUUGAAGAAUUGCCUUCACCUCCUCCACCAUUCUUCGCACCUUAUCGACAGAAUCUCUUGCAGAACCUGCACCUAUCCGUGUCAACAGCUCGUGGCAGGGUAGGAAAAGCUUUGAAUGAUGUUCCCAAGAUCGUUUAUCUCGAUAGACAAGAGACGAGUCGGAAGCUUAGCGACGAAGAUAAUGAUGGUAUACUGGGAGUCUUAAGAGAUUUAGAGAAAGAUGGGAAAGCCCAUGUUGGAGUGCCUCAUUUAUCGGAAAUGGGAUUCAAGAAUCAAGUGAAGGCUAUUAAAGACGCUGAUAUCAUCAUUGGUAUACAUGGGAAUGGGUUGACUGAUCAGAUGUGGAUGCCGGAAGGUGGGAUGGUCAUUGAGCUUUUUAUCCCAGAUGCGUUCUUGAGAGAUUAUCAGGUCUUGAGCCAAGCUUUGGGUCAUCGUCACAUCGCUAUAUGGAAUGACCGUAUACUCCCGCCAUCCGAAUGGAAAGACAUCGACGGGCAGAUGAAUCCUACAUUAAUGCAUGAUGGGACGUUGAUUCCUUUGAAUACGCCCUUCAUUCAGACGUUGUUAGAAGACCUGAUCGUAGAGAUGAAUCAGCACCUAUGA